AUGUCCUCGCUCGAGGCCAAGAUCGUCGUCGUGGGCUCCCAGGGCGUCGGCAAGACGUCGCUUGUGACGCGUUUUUGCAAAGGACAGUUCGACCCAUCACAGGUCACGUCGACUGUCGGCGCCAGUUUUCUCACAAAGCGCGUCGUCGACUCGGACUCGGAUACGGUUGAACGCUUUCGCUCCAUCUCCCGCCUCUACUACCGCGGCGCCAACGCCUGCAUCCUCUGCUAUAGCAUCACCGACGCCAACUCCUUUGCCGAAAUGGGCAUCUGGCUGACGGAGUUACGCCGUAACCUUCCCUCCGACAUUGUUCUCCACGUUGUCGGCACAAAGGCCGACAUUGUCGCCAGCGACCCGUCCAAACGCGAGGUGCCUUUUGAACGCUGCAUCGCCUAUGUUGCCGAGAACCUUGCCCCCGGGAUGAGCAGCACACCACCACCUACCGCUGGCGGGCUUGUCAGCAGCAUGCUGACAGGCAAUACAGGCGGCUUCCCCGGGCUGGCACCUGGAGCGGGUGGCUUUGCUGGUGCUGCAUCUGGUGCCGGUGCCUCGUCGAGCGUUCCAACACCAAAUCCAACUCCCUUUUCCCCGCCCGAACCUCGCAGUCCGAGUUCGAAACGCAGCUCGGGCUUCUGGGGCCAGGAAGCUGGCUGGGACGCGUGCCACGAGAUAUCCGCGGAGAGUGGUGAGGGCGUCGAGGAGGUGUUUCGCGUCGUCACGCGCAAGCUCGUCGAGCAGAACCGCAAGAUGCAGCAAGCCUUGCUGGCCGCAGCGUCAACCCCAGGUGGCCCUCCGUCCAUGACUGGUGACGGCAGCUACGGAUCUGCCAGCGGCGGCGAGAGCAGUCACGGCUACGGCUAUGGUGGGGGCUACUUUGAUAGUAACAACCCGCGCGGAAGCUUCCGAGUGGGACGCGACCGCCGUAGCUGGUUGUUUGCCCCGGGAUUCUCGCCGGAGGUGUCCAUAGACCCGAAUGGCACCAAUGCCCCCGGUGAGCCGCCACGAAACGACAGCGCACUGCAACGGCACAAAUGUUGUUGA